CUCAGAAUACAUAACAGCUGCUGUUUCAGCUGUCUCAUCCUACCUGAAGACACGUCCACCUUAGGACUAGUCCAGCAACGGGCUCAUCCACCUGAGGACGGUUCACGUGGGUAUUUGUCCACUUGACGAGUCGUCCACUUGAGGACUGGCCCAGGAGAGCGGUGAGUCAGUAUUUGAUCUGAUCACUGUCAGUGUGUGGUGCGAUCAAGUUCAUUCUCAGCUAAGAACCGCUCACCGAUGUUUGGAGUCACCGUUGAGGCGUCAGGAAGUAGCACAGUGACAAACAGGAAGUUGUGCUUGUUAACAAAGUGCAAUGCUGAGAUGCUGAGAGUGUUUCCCGGUCCAGGAGGAUGAAGAUGAGGGGGGAGCAGGAGGUGAACAGUACCAGUCUGAACACCAUGGAAACCAAGCCAGACAUCAACGAUGGAAACAUCACCAUGAAUGCUCCUGUGGCGCCGCGGGACAGAAACAUGUUCAGUGACGGAACGACUCGGGUCGAUUUUGUUCUGGCAUGGGAGGAGCCUCUUAACUCAGAGAAGGAGGAGAGCACAGCCAUUAACCCCGCCCACAACAAGUGGAGGGAAACAUUCCUGAAAAAACUGAAAUACUCGGGACUCCUGCUGGAGAAGAGGCACAUGGUCCAGGCCAAAGCAAGGAUCUGUUUUGUCCUCCUGAGUGCCCCCUGGAGCGUCCUCUGCUACUAUGCUGAGGAGAUCAGCUUGCGAGUUCCUCUACAGGUUGUUAACAGUUCAUACACCAACUGGUCCGCCCAAAUCUUUCGGUAUGUGUCGGUCUCCAAUCCUAUGAGCCAGGAUGUCCCCAAUCCUCCACCGGACUUCUACACCUGCCAGUUUCGGAACAACAAGCUAGAGAGGUUUCUGGGUAGUGAGGACAGAGAGACAUUCUUCAAGACAACUCAAAGACAUCAAGUACUCUACGAGAUCCUGGCCAGGACUCCUUACGGCUCGGUGUCCAAGGGCGAGGUUGGAAUUGACCGGCUGCUGAACGAGCAGGUCUUCACAUCUGCCUACCCACUGCAUGAGGGUGGAUUCCAGCUGCCCAGCUCCCCGGUUGCCCCCGAGUGUCUGAGACUCAGACAAAUUCUGUAUGCAUACUGGGCCCAGUGGUCCUGCUGGAAACGAUACCAACCUCUGGACCACAUCAGGGAGUACUUUGGAGAGAAGAUCGCACUUUAUUUUGCAUGGCUAGGGUUCUACACCGCCUGGUUGGUGCCGGUCUCACUUGUUGGAACUUUGAUCUUCCUGGCAGGGUUGUGGCUGAUGACCACUGAUGUUCCAGCGAAGGAGUUGUGUAACAGUGGCGGUGAGUUCAUCAUGUGUCCUAUCUGCAACAUCUGCUCUUCCUGGAACUACUCCAGCAUCUGCUUGACAUACAAGGCGGGGGUUCUUUUUGAUAAUGGAGGGACAGUUUUUCUCAGUGUCUUCAUGUCCUUGUGGGCUGUCACCUUUUUGGAGUACUGGAAGAGAACAUGUUCAUCUCUGUCCCACCGCUGGGACUGCUCCGAUUUCCAGGAAAUCGAGGAGCGACCUCGACCAGAGUUCUCCACCAUGGCACCGAUGACCAUGAGGAACCCACUGACCGGUGCUGAGGAACCAUACUUCCCUGAAAGCAAGCGAUUGAACCGCGUGCUGACCGGCUGUAUGAUUAUGGUCAUCAUGGUGGUCGUGGUCCUAAUGUUCCUCAUCGCCAUCAUCCUGUAUCGCUCCAUCCUGAGCAUCGUCAUCUCCAAGGCCAACUACAGUUUCUUCAUCUUCUCUGCCGACAGGAUUGCGAGUCUCACGGGAUCUGUGUUGAAUCUGCUGGUCAUUCUCAUCUUGUCCCGAGUGUACAUCUCACUUGCCCACAUCCUCACCCGCUGGGAGAUGCAUCGCACUCAGACCAAAUAUGAAGACAUGUUCAUCCUCAAAGUCUUCAUCUUCCAGUUUGUCAACUUCUACUCCUCACCAGUUUACAUCGCAUUCUUCAAAGGCAGAUUUAUCGGCUACCCUGGAAACUAUGACACGCUGUUUGGAGUGCGCAAUGAAGACUGUGGAUCAGGCGGCUGUCUCAUUGAGCUGGCUCAGGAACUGCUCAUCAUCAUGGUCGGAAAACAGCUGAUCAACAACAUCCAGGAGUUCAUCAUGCCGAAGGUGAGGGCGUGGUGGCAGAAGAGGAAGAGGAUUUCGAGGGUGAAGGAGGUUCAAGAGGAGGAAGGAGGGGAGGAGGACGUUUGUCCUUGGGAGGUGGACUACCAGCUGCUGGUCUGUGAGGGUCUCUUCAGCGAGUACCUGGAGAUGGUCAUUCAGUUCGGCUUCAUCACCAUCUUCGUGGCGGCAUGUCCGCUCGCUCCUCUCUUUGCUCUCAUCAACAACUGGGUGGAGAUUCGCUUGGACGCUCAGAAGUUUGUCACCGAAUAUCGCCGCCCGGUGGUUGAACGGGCUCAGGACAUUGGAAUCUGGUUCGAUAUCCUGCAGUUCAUCACGUACAUGGCCGUCCUGGGGAAUGCCUUUCUCAUUGCCUUCACCUCGUCCUUCCUGCCCCGCCUCUACUACCGCUACACCCGAGACGCCUCGCUGAGUGGUUAUAUCAACUUCACCCUGGCAACGUCACCGUGGAACUACACCCGGGAGCAUCGACACGCUUGCAGGUAUCGGGGCUUCAGGGAUGAAAAUGGCCAGUAUCUGCCGGAGUAUUUUCACCUGCUCGCCAUACGACUCGGCUUUAUAAUCAUCUUUGAGCAUGUGGUCUUCUUCAUCGGCCGUCUGAUCGACAUGAUGGUUCCUGACAUCCCAGAGGAUGUGGAGCUUAAGAUGAAGAGGGAGCAUUACAUGGCCAAGGAGGCACUGGCUGAGAAUCAGGCCUUGGGGAGAGCGAUGUUUCCUGGCGAGGCGAACGGCUCAGCCGGAGAACUUCGACAGCGUAAAUCCAGACGUUCCCCGCCCCCGGCACAGAGGAUGACGGAGAUCUCAGAAGAAGCUGAUACAUUCGGUAGCUGAUGGAGGACAUUUAGGACACUGAAGAGGAUGUUCAGUCCGAAUCCGUCUGGGAAGAGCAAGACCAUUUUGGAGCAUAGACUAAUUUGACAAAAGACGUUUUAAAAGAUGGUUCAGACACUUGAGGAGGAUGGUGACUUGGACCUCUGAUAAUAGAACUUUUUCUAGUAGACAGUUGGUGAGAAGGCUAAAAAAAUGGAGGCAAACACGUGAGUAGUUGAUGUAAAAAUACACAAAAAAAAAGAUUUCCGUCAAAUACCACGAAGUUUGAAUGUUUGAGUCCAUGUCAAUGGAGAGGUGUACAUUUCUUUACUGUACCUGAAGCAGUUCAGAUGGAAGUGAAUCGCAAACACAGAAGGCCAACUCAUGAACUAAAUGUGUGACUCCAGUUCUACUUUUCACACGGUAACUGUAUUGUAUAGACGUAUAACUUUGUGUCUACUGUUUUAGAAAUAUCAACCUAUUUUUUUUAUGAUAUGUAAAUAUUUUUCAAGGAUGUUCCCAUUACAUUUUGUUGAGAAUCCAGGCAAAAUGUAUUUAUGUAACCUUUAUUUAACCAGGUAGGUCAACUGAAAAAAAAAAUCUUUACAAUGACGACCUCGCCGGGAGACAGCAAAAAGGCAGACACAAUCAAAAAACAAGAACACAACACAACGACACCAUCCAUUCAUCCGUCCAUCCAUCCAUCUUCUUCUGUUUAUCCGAGGUCGGGUCACAAGGGCAGUAGCCUAAGCAGGGAAGCCUCUCCUCGACUAAUUCAUCCAGCUCCUCCCGGCAGAUCCCGAGGCUUUCCCAGACCAGUUGAGAGACAUACAUAGUCUCUCCAACGUGUCCUGGGUCUUCCUCGAAGUCUCCUACCAGCUGGACGCGCCCUAAACACCUCCCCAGGGGGGCAUCCAGACCAGAUGCCUGAGCUAUCUCAUCGUUCUCCUCUCACUGGGGAGGAGCAGCGGUUCUACUCCGAGUUUCUCCUGGGUGGUAGUGCUGCUCACCUUAACUCUAAAGGACAGCCCAGCCACCCUAUGGAGAAAACUCAUUUCGGCCGCUUGUAGCUGUGUUCUUGUCCUUUCAGUCACUCCCCAAAGUUCAUGACCAUAGGUGAGGGUAGGAACGUAGAUCAACCAGUAAACAGAGCUUUGAGUGAAGAAUUAUUAUUGCAACAAUACAUCACCAGUAGGGUAAAACUGACCUGUCUCAUGAUGGUCUAACCCAAAUCACUUGGUGAACAAUCCAAUGCUUGGUGAAUUCUGUUGAUCCGAACACAACGACAUAUGACAAUAAAUAGAAAGUAAAAGGGUAAAUGGCUUCAAGCAAGUGUAAUGAUCCUGGAUUAUUGUUUAAUGGGUUGAGUCAUCUUCCACGGAAAACUGAAAGGACAGGAUUAAGGAUUUUUUGGGAUUAGCAGGUUGAUGAGGUCGCUUGAUCAUACUGAAGUUGUAAAUAUUGAGAUGGGUUUUGUAAAUAAACAGUGAGUCUGUCUGCAAGGGUGCGGUGAGGGCCAGUUAACCAUAGAAUACAGACGGCAGUCAUGGGCAUUAAAUACCACAAAUGAUAAAAAUGAAUGAUCAAAAGGCAUUGCUGGGUUACAACCAUGUGACCCCGCGGCAGUCUGUCAGUUCCGGUGAGCCGAUGGGGGUCAAACAAUGUAUAUGACCACAUACAGACUCAGUAUGUUUGUAAAUGGUAAAUGGUAUGAGUGUGCAUGGUGUGUUGCAUGAAGACAUUAAAUAGUUGAAAACAAGGCGAUCCAGCAGCCAUGAAAGCUUAUCUUCCGGAUAGACAAAAGGAACAUAUCAGAUGAAAAUAAUGCUUCUAACAUGUCUAUUUGCGUUCUUACACAAAGUCAGCCUGCAUAAAUACAUUCUUUUAUGUGUUCUUUGAAUGAAGAAAUGAUGAACCUACUGUAUAGUUUUCUGUUAUGAGUCGGGAUGCUCCGAUCAGGGUUCUAUGCUGCCAAUUUUGGGUGGAUUGUCUUUUUGUUUUGCCUUUUUUGUAUUAUUUGACACAAACCUGAAUUUACUCCUAUGCCUGCUUUGGAGUAAUACAAAUACAUGGGAAAUAAUUUGUUCAACAAUUAAUUUUUUAGUUCAAGAUAACAAAACUAACAGAAUAAAACAAUACAAAUAUCUUAUUGA